UAAUAUGUACAAAUGUCUACAUUCUUAAAAGUGUACACAAAUUUUAUAACCGAUUUAAUAGAUCGUUGCGCAUAUAAUAAUAGUAUAUAUUUUGAUUAUAUGCAUUUACUUUGGAUACUAUAUUUAUUUGAUACGAUGUGUAGUACAAUUACAUUUACUAACAUUUGAUUAAAAUAUAACUUUAAUAUUUAUAUGAACAUUUAUUUAUGAAUUUAAAAAGAAGCAGCAUUACUUAUAUAACGUGCAAGACUUGUACUGUACAUAUUGCUCAUAAUCAAAUAAAGAAUUAAUUUCAGUAAUUGAAUUUAAACCUGAAAGUUCCUACUAAUAAAAUUAGUUUGUUGGAAACAUGGGUGAUGGUGUGGCUAAGACAGGUGCAUACAAAUAUGAUGAUGGCACAAAAUAUAUUGGAGAUUGGAAUAACAGAGGAUUGAAACAUGGUGCUGGUUCUUUACUUCUUCCUGAUGGUACACGAUACGACGGUGCCUUUCAAAAUGGCCUUUGUUCUGGUUUAGGCAUUAUUAUAUUUCCCGAUGGAGCAAAAUACGAAGGUGAAUUUAUGCAGGGUUGGUUUCACGGACAUGGAGUAUUUUGGAGAGCCGAUGGAAUGAAGUUCGAAGGAGAAUUUCGUGGUGGAAGAGUAUGGGGCUUAGGUUUGGUGACUUAUUCCGAUGGGUCACAUGGCUUUCCAAGAAACGAAGGAUUUUUCCAGGACUGUAGACUUGUACGUCGUCGUCGUUGUCCAGAUAUAGUACAAAAAGCACAGAAAAUUUCUAUGAUGGCUCGCGUACAAUGCUCUUAAGUAUUGUUGCAUAGUAGACACGUAAGGUAGUAUAUUGUAUCGUGUGUAUGAAAGAAUAUAAAAAAUAAACUAUUAAAAAUUAAA